AUGGUUGUAGAUCCGGUUAUGAUUCCGAAGAUGAGAAUGGAAGAACAGUUUGCUAUACAAGAAGCUGCUUCUGCUGGAUUGAAAAGCAUGGAGCAUUUCAUCCGAGUGCUUUCUUCUCAAACUUCGUCUUCUUCCUCAAAUCAACUUAACCGUUUGGAUCUUGAUUGCACAGAAAUAACUGAUUUCACUGUUUCGAAGUUCAAACAGGUUAUAAAUUUGUUGAAUCGUACCGGUCACGCUCGUUUUCGUCGUGCACCUUCACAAUCUCAAUCGAAACCUGGAUCUGAGAAAUUAAAUCUUCAUCAUCAUCAACAAUCACAGUCAACAACUCUUGAUUUCGCUAAACCAGUUCAACUAAUUAUGUCAAAUCCAAAUCCGAAUCUGAAAUCUAAACCUAAACCUAAUCCAUCUACGGAUUUAUCUGUUUCUCAAUACUCUAAAUCUAAAGAAGCAUACAGUAUUUCCACCACUACUUCUUCUUUUCAUUCAACUAUCACCGUCACCGGAGACGGAAGCGUUUCCGACGGUAAAAUAGGUCCAUCUAUAAUCUCAUCUGGAAAGCCUCCUCUUGCUUCAUCGCAUCGGAAAAGGUGUCAUGAAGCAACUGUCUCCGGUGCCGCUUCCGGUAAAGUGUCUUCGUCUGGUCACUGCCAUUGCUCUAAGAAAAGGAAAUCUCGUGUGAAGAGAACAAUCCGUGUUCCGGCGAUAAGUACGAAGGUCGCUGAUAUUCCAGCAGACGAAUUUUCUUGGAGGAAAUACGGUCAAAAACCUAUUAAAGGUUCACCUUAUCCACGUGGUUACUACAAGUGCAGUAGCUUUAAAGGUUGUCCGGCGAGGAAGCAUGUGGAAAGGGCACAAGAUGAUCCCAAUAUGCUUCUUGUGACCUACGAGGGAGAGCACCGACACUUGCCAACCUUCGGAACCGAAACCGGUGCCGGUGCCAGAUUCGGUGCCGGAUUCACAUCUCAGGUUCACUAA